UAUGUCAGCACUGAAGUAGCACAUUGUGUUCGUUUUGUAUUUUCGUACAUUUAUUUCUAUAUUUCAGUGAAAAACUUACAUUAUACUAAAGUUAUUACUACUGCUGUAUGAAAGAUGAAGCCGACUAUUUAACUGAGAGAUUUAAUUCUAUGGAAUUCGUCUUGAUAUUUCAAAGGCCAACAAACAGUAGACGAAACUACAGUCCCAAGUUCAGAAGUAUGCAUAGAAAUGAGGAAAUGUGAAUGCCGUAAUCGUACAGACGGGGGAGGCUCGGGGGGCUGUCCCGGAGAUGACCGGGACCCUCUGAUAAACUCCCCUAUUAUCUUGCAGGAGGAAUCCCACGAAAAUCCUAACCUUUCGUGCGGCAUCUGCACGAUGUUCCCGUCGUGUAUGUCGCUACUGCCGCGUCGCAGCGAGCCGCGCCCGCCGCGCCCCGGACAGGCGCCCGUCCUCCUCAACGUAUACGACAUGUACUGGACCAAUUGGUAUACGGCGGGCGCGGGCGUAGGUGUGUUCCACAGUGGGGUACAAGUGCACGGCUCGGAGUGGGCGUACGGGGGACACCCGUACGCGUUCACGGGCGUUUUCGAGAUAACGCCGCGGGACGAAAGGGAACUGGGGGAACAGUUCAGGUUCAGACAGAGCGUGCACAUCGGUUACACGGACUUCACCGAGGAAGAGGUGCGGCGACUGGUCAUGGAGCUUGGCAAACAGUUCCGCGGUGAUAGGUAUCAUCUUAUGAACAAUAAUUGCAACCAUUUUACGUCCGCCUUCUGUUUGGCGUUGUGUGACCGCGACAUCCCCGCGUGGGUGAACCGCCUCGCCUACGUCAGCUCCUGUGUGCCAUUCCUGCAGAGGUGUCUGCCCAAAGAGUGGCUGACGCCGGCGGCGCUGCAGCACUCGCUGGCGGCGCACUCGCGCUCCUCCUCGCCCAACACGCCGCAAUAGCACCCAGCGUGGCGGGCGCGGCGGGCGCGGCGCCGCAAGUGUUGUGCGUAAACUGACAAUUGUUCUGGCGCAUUGUCCAAUUAUUGCUGUGUGACUACUCGUGAUUGAUCAUGAUCACCUCUUUGCUGUACAACAAAAUGGCGGUUUUAGCAAUAAAUUUUACUAUUUAGGGAUUUCCUUGGUAAAAUUUGUAGAAUUUCUUUCUUGGUUUAAAAUUCAUAUUAAAUUAAAGCAAUUCUAUCGACAAUUAAAUCUUUUGUCAACCGCCAUUUUUGUUCCUAUCAGCAAAGAGGUUAUGUAUUUUUUAAUAUGUAAUUAUAAUUAAGUCUUUGAACGAAAUACAUUUGUGUAAGUUUGUUGAGUAAUUCUACCUAAUAUUGAGUGCCUUGGAGUGAAAGGGAUGUCUAGAUGUUAAUAUGUGUGUCCCUUUCCUCUGCAAACAUGGCCGCCACCGACUCUUGCUUCACUUACCCUGUUUUGUAAUUUAUAACCUAUGUUUUCCUAGAUACUUUUUGACUUUCCUAGACAUGUGUCAAAUCUGACAAUUUAUUUUUUUUAUCUGCUUUUUAAAGAAAAAACAAUUUUAGAGGGAUAUAAUAAAUUUUAAAUGCUUGUA